UUUUUUUUUUUGUUUUUCAUCUUUUUUUGCUUUUUCUCUUUAUAGUUAAGUUAUACUUGUAAAACAAAUAAAGCCUUCUUAUGUUAAGUAUGUAUUGCUGUUUAAUGUUUGAAAUUUUAAAAAACUUUAAAUAUUUUAAGCGAGAAAAAAAAAUAUACAUUUUUAGUUUUUAUAAAACAUUUAUAUAAAACAUAGCAUAAACUUUUAAUUGCUUUUAAUAUGCAAAGCUUAAGGAAAAUCCGAUAAGAUGCCAAGAAAAAAAAAACUAAAACGUUUAUCUAUAUACGUACAUGUAGAAGUCCUUCAGCUCUCCCUUCAUAUAUCCCUCUCUACCUACCUAUAUCUCUUUUUGAUUACCACUUAUAUUUUUUUUUUUCAUUAAAUUUAAAUUCACUUAACAGGCGAACCGCUAAUGCAAGUCUAUUUAUGGUUGCAACAUAGUUCCAUGUAGUCAUAUCAGUUAACCGUGUAUGACGAAUAUAUAUGUCAUGGUCUGUCCAUCCGUCCUUGUCCGAUUUCCUUAUAAAAUUAUUAUUUCUUUAGAAAGCAUUUUUACCGUUUCGUCGAGUUGUGUCAUUGCAACGUACUCUUUGCUUGGCGAUUGUACAAUUAUAUCGCUAAAAAGGUCGAUAUAGUUAAUUGAUUGAAGACUUUGUGCCCGUAGUAAUUUUACACGUUAAAGACACUUUGACACGACAUAUUCUUAAUUUGAGUCUAAUAAGAUGGAAAAUUAAUUGCCGAAAAGUCGGGUCCAGUUUUCUCAAUAAAAAUUGAACAAUCCCAAUAUAUUAAUAAUAACUUAAUUUAGCUUAGUUUAGUUUAAUUUAUUGGUUAAAAGCAAUAAUCAUUAAUAAGAAUUCUGCUAUAAAAUCAUAAUUAUUCCUAUAACGAACAAUUAAUGUCCCAUUAUGGCUAUAGGACCUUUGUCUGAUAAAAAUAUAGAUAGAACACAACUUUUAUCGUAUGUUAUAGGAAGUAAAGUCAGGGAUCUAAUCACGAAAGUCAACUUUCAGCUACGUAAUUAACGCGCAAGUAUUCAGUUGUGCCGAAUUUCGUGACAUAGUUCUCGACCUUGAAUUUUGCUUUUAUUCAAAAUUUUCUAUGUUGAAUUAAUUUUACUCAUACUACUAUUAUAAAUCAACCCGUCAAACAGAAAUUUUACAUCUCUUCUCGAUUAUUGGAUUUUUCUCAGUGAAAAAAUUGAAAUUUUUGAACGCUCGCGCAUUCAUAGAGUAUUCUGUCAAAAUAAUUUAAAAGUCAAUCAAGAGUUUGAAAAGUUUUUUAAGUCCAUUUCUGUGGUUUUUCGUAAUUGAGAAGUUUGUUCCUUUACAUAUCUUGGCUGUUCGAUUUAUUGUUGUUGGGUUAUAAGAACUUAAGAACUUGGAAAAGGGUUGCAAUGUCAUCGUCGAACAUCGAGAGUUCUGAACUUAGCGAAGAUUCCUUGAGUAUUGUUCGACAACAAGAAGAACAGCAAGAGUCCGUUGAGGAGUCGAUAACCAGCUCACUAGAAACUAUUGCGACUGGAAUUGGCGAUAGAGUGCCAAGAAUGCAGUCAAGCGUGACCGCGUGUUUAGCAGGUGUUAGGGACAGCGAGGCAUUUGAGAACAAUUUGCGGGAUAUAUUGCGUUGUAAGAUUUGCUUGGCAUUACGUAGAACGACUUUGUAUCUGUGCCAGACGGGCCAUUUAAUAUGCGCAUCAUGUCUUGCGCAUCUUUUGACCGAUGCACAAUUAUGCGAUGCAACUCCGAAAUGCCCCAUUUGUCAAAAAGACAUAUCUAUACCAGUGCGAAAUAUUGCAGCCGAACUUGCAAUAUCCGAAUUACCGAGUAACUGCCGAUUUUGCAACGAGAAAUUUCCUCAUUGUUCGUUAGAUCAUCAUGAACGUCACGACUGUCAAGAUAGUCCGAUAUGUUGCAAAUAUUCUCGCAUAGGUUGUGAAUGGAUUGGUGUACGUAAGGAAGCGUCCGGCCAUGAAAGCGACUGUGAGUUUUUAAGUAAAACUCCACAAGAAAUCGCCGCUACCUUAGAAACAAUAGACGCUAAUGAUGAAGCAAAACAUGAUGAAAUCGAAAACAUAUUCCAGAGUUUAAUGUUUUCAUUGAACAGUGAGAGGAUACUUUGUGUCGACUUGCAAUUAAUGUGUUAUUGCAAUAAUCAUCAGCUAUUUUAUACAACGACAAAUUUUCAUGCUUUUAAUGAACUAUGGAUAAUAAGAGCCAGACUUAACAAUCAAGGCGUUACCGAAUCAGCCAACGUAAUAUCUUUUUCAUAUCAAUUAGUCUUGAAAACUGAGCCUAGAACAACUUUAAAGGUGCAAUUCGUUGCCUUGAAAGGAUCUCGCUCAGAUAUUAAGAUAUCUACGCAAUUAUAUAAACAUGAAUUUACACCGACUAGUCUUGAAAGCGAUUAUUGCGCUCUACCUUUAACGGACUGCAAUGAUUGCAUUCAGUUCCUUGCAAAAAGAGGCACUAAAUUUCGUAUUAUGUUGUCCUUGUUGGACUAA